UACCUGGGAUGAGCGGAAUGAAAGAAGGGCAAAACGGGUUCAGCUUGCGAUAUGCGGUGAGGGCAACUCUCAGCCGACGACGAAGGGCAACGAAGGGCAACGAAGGGGUUCAACCUGCGAUAAUAUGGGAUGUGGAAAGAGUUUGAGAUGCGGAGUUUGCAGAAGGGGAAAGGGUCAGUUCGUGGGAACACAAGUACCACCAGCAUCAGAGACAAAAGUGAGUGCGGCGAAAGUUCUCACGCGUUCAAAUCAAGGAAGUGUGCACAGACACACAGCCAAAGGGGAGUGAAUCAAAGAUUCGAUUUGCAAUCGUUUUCGGUCCAUCGCUUAACAUUUGGCGAACCGAAAGAAGAUGGGGAUGGGAGCACAAGAAGAUCACUUUGCCCGUUUUCAGUCGGGCGCGAACUAUGGCGGAUACAAUCCAGGGUUCCGUCUUAUUUGGAGGGUGUCCUCUCUGCACUGACCGAUUUAAGGUUUCUGCUCGGAUACGAUUCAAUGCCAGGCACUUGUCUGUCGUGGUUCGCUGUGGGUCUGCUAUCGGAUCCUAUCCUAGAACAAGCCUGCGAGAGUUCUUUUUGGUCUUCCCACGCUGGAUUCUAUGUAUACAUCAACCGCCGGAAGGAAAUCCCAGUCGGUCUUCAAGUAGGUUGUGAAGCGAUGCUUUCUCACUGCAGGCCGACAUUAUUGGGCAAGGACCGGGUUGUGAGUCUUGAAGCGAUUCUUUCUCCCAGCGUGUUGAAAAGUUGCUGGAAGGCACGAAAAACACAUACGUAGCUCUUGUCAUCUUACGCGUUGCAUGGCGUUUCCCCCAUUUCGAACCAGAGGUUUUACGAAUCCUGGUCUUGGGACUCCCCCGUUCCGCAGUUCCUGAGCGAUGUCCAAGGUCUUACUCUUGCCCGCCUCUGAAUCUCGGGUUAAAGCCGGCCCGUCAAUCACGCCAGAACGGGGGGGAAAUUUUCGGCAGGAAGGCACGGGGAUGGAGUGAUUGAUCUAGUCUU